GUGAAGAUUAGCGAAUUUGCGCAGAUCCUUGCUCAAACGUAUCCCCUCAAACACGCUCACACAGGCUAUCCACCAUUGUUGUCAUCAGCGAUGAGACACGUAUAUGGAAACGAUUGACUGGACAGAGAAAGGACAACAAACUAGUGAAACACGGUAGAAACACUUAAACAUGAAUGUCGCAUGACCCACAAGCCUAGUGAAACAUUGUAGACAUAAUACUCUGGAACAGUUGUUGGCGCUUGUAGAAUAAGGGUUUCAGAUGGGGGAGGUGAGAAAACUCCAGAAGAAAUUGAGACAGAUUGAGAAUCUGGAGAUCAACAUUUCUCAAUCUCUCACUCCAGAAGAAAGAGUUAAGAUCUCCAGGAAGGCGGAGCUCCGCACCAGAUUGGCUGAACUUCUGCUGCAGCUUUCUGGCCCCCAGCAAACUCCGGGGAUUGUGGGAGGAGGAAAACAUGAGAAGAUGAAAAGACAAGUUGAAGCCACCUCUGAGGCUCUUCCAUCACACAGCCCCUCUGCUACCAAGAUCCCCAAGGGAGAAGCAGAGCCAGCAGGCCGACAGAAGAAGACAGGCAGUCAGAAGGAGACGGUAACAAGGGGAGAGACAGGAAGAAAGGAGGAGACGGGAGGACGGAGAGAGACAGGAGCAGGGGGAGAGCAGUCAGAGCCCUGUCUAGCUGUGACCGACACAAGCCCCAAGGAAAACCAGGAAGGAAUACCACCGUUCUCCAUGCACUGUAAUUUACACAUUGAUGCCGAGUUUACAUCUCUCAAAGCAUCAUGGGAGAAAGCCAAGUUUCGCUUGAGGUCGCUGGAGGGUCACAGUGACAUCGUCACCUGUGUGGUUGCUGUUGACAACCUGGUGAUCUCCGGCAGUCGAGACACAACAGUAAAGGUGUGGCACGUUCCUACGGCAACCGAGCAGCGGAAUCUGGGAGGUCACACUGGUGGAGUCACCUGUCUAUCUGCCCCACCGCCUGAAUACUGUAGGAGACUCGCCUGGGAACUGUCUCUGGGAGACAAGGAGAGGUUCAUCCUGAGUGGUUCAGCGGACUCUUGUGUGAGGAUCUGGGCUUUAAGCACGGGCCAGUGUGUAAAGUCCAUCUACACCUUUAACGCGGUGACUGCUCUCUGCUUUGUGCCUGAAGGCGAUGGCUACAUCAUCACUGGAUCAGAUGGGGGUAAAGUCCAGGCCUGGAGCUGGCAAACCAUGCACAACUGUCAAUCAAUCAAUGCCCAUGAGGAGGCUGUGACCUCCCUACAGUCUCAGGGUCCCCUGGUGUUCAGCAGCUCAGCAGAGGGUGGGGUGUCUGUGUGGGAGGGGCUCUGCACCAACCGCGACCCCCUGCAGCUGUUACAUCAUUGGGACGCAACGGUAACGGGCUGCGGGAGUCAGGAAGGUCGUCUGACCCUCAGUCCCCGUGGUGACAGGCUCUUCGUUGCCUACGGCAGAGCCAACCUCAGGAUUCUCAACUGGAGGACAGGCACCGUGUCCAGGCUAACCAAUCACAGCAGCAUCGCUGGAGUAACAGAUUGUGUACAUCAGACAGGGGGACUCCUCAUUGGCUCAUGCUACGAUUUGUCGAAUGGGGAAAGCACCUUGAACUUGUUCUCUCUACCUCAGUGCAGGUACCUGGCCUCGCUGACCUGGGCGGAUGCUCCGAGAAUCCUUUGCUUUGCGGCGUGGCUCACGGGCAGUGGGGGUCACCGCUGGGUCACCGGGGGUCGUGCCCUUACGGUGUGGGAGCAGCUCCCCAGCUCCGGUCAGCAGAGGGGUGAUGUCACAACGAAGCGAGACAACCGAUUGGACGCCUCCCUGAUGGAAUCAGAGGGAGAUUCCGAGGACGAGGAGGACAGUGAUGAUUACGAUGAUGACAAAGAAGAGAACUACACAUCCCAAGAUGCACCAGAGUCGGGCUCAACGUCGUGGCUUCGCUGUGUUCUCCAGUGAGAGCCAGUUUCACGCCACCCGCCACCACCAAGCCCAAGACGCUGCGCCUCACAGCAUGAAGAGCAACAAAGGCGAGAGGAAGGGAGUGAGGGGGCCAGUGGAGAUGGAUUAGAGAGGGGGGGGGGGUGAAGUGUGACAGAUUGAGAGAGUGGCGGAGGUGGAAAGAGAGCAUACGGAGAGGGAGUGAGUGCGAGCGAGAGACCGAUCAUUUCCCAUGUAAAUGUUGUCGUUUCAUGUAUGCAAUAAAGCUGUCAUACUGUGA